AUGCCUGCUCAGGAAGCAGGCACAGAGGAUGUGAAGGAGUGCCGCUUUGCCCGGCUGUAUGCUGGGAGCAGUCCAGGGACGGCUCCAGAAAAGGCGGAGGGGCUUCAGGCGGAGCCCCCGACACCUCUCCCCGGCGAUCCUCGCCCUCGCCCCAGCCCGGCCCAGGCGCACUGCGAGCGCGAGGAGCAGACCAAGCCGAGGUUUCUUCCUUCACCCCCGUACUCCUAUGUGGCGCUCAUCGCCAUGGCGAUCCGCGAGAGCGCCGAGAAGAGGCUCACGCUGUCCGGCAUCUACCAGUACAUCAUCGCCAAGUUUCCGUUCUACGAGAAGAACAAGAAGGGCUGGCAGAAUAGCAUCCGCCACAACCUCAGCCUCAACGAGUGCUUUAUCAAGGUGCCGCGCGAGGGCGGCGGCGAGCGCAAGGGCAACUACUGGACGCUGGACCCGGCCUGCGAGGACAUGUUCGAGAAGGGCUCCUGGGGCGCGAGGGACCGCGACUCCCCGCCGACCCUCGCCAGACUUCGUCACCGGAGUGGAGUCGUGCGCGACUCUUGCUUGGCCGCGGGGCUCGCUCGGCUGGCCAACAGGAUCCGAACUCGCGCCGCGUCAGUCACAGCUGCGCCUCUGCGCCUUCUCGCCGAGACUCCUGCAGCUCUCGGCCUCCGAUUCUCUGCGUAA